AUGGCCUCCAUCUUCACUUUCGACCCCGACCCGCCGCGCGUGGCCUCGCCGUGGUCCACCCCGCGCUCGUUGACGCCGCGCCAGCCCCCCGGACCCGGCCUGUCAAACCAUCCGUCCGGCGCAUCCUUCGCUACGGGUGGCGGCCUCGAGCCUAGGGCUGUGCUCGAAACAGACCGUGCUGUUACCAAGUUGGACGCAGAGCCCCAGGAGGGCCCUACUGAGUACAAACUGCACCUCCUGCUGCGCCCGCGGCGAUCCUUCACCACCUCGACGACCGCCCGUCACGUGGCGGGCUCGCAUCGUUCGAGUCUCGGAAUUCCAACACCUCGCAGUGUCUCCGAGACGGCCGUAUCGCGCACUCCCGCCAGCACUCCACCCAAAGCUACCUCCAGCCAAUCACGCCAGCAUCGCCUGGAACAGCUGACCACGCAGCUGCUGUGGCGGCUGCAGCAAUCGUCACCAUACCAUUCCACCUCGGCCAAUGAGCUUGUCGUUCCGCAGUUGCCUGAAGCUGCCGAACAGCUCAGGGCACCGCCCUCCCUUGCAAGGUUGCUGCCAGGCUUGGAGGAGAGCAAAGGUGCAUUGUACGAGAUUGGCGUUGCCGACGAUGGCACUUUUGUGGGGCUCGCCGAGGAUGAGAUGGAGGAGAGCUUGACCAAUCUGCGCGCCAUGGCAGCCAGCCUCGGUUGCACAGUCAAGGUCCUGCGCAUGAUCCCCGUGGGCGAAUGCGCCUGGACCGACGACUUUGACGACACGGCGCAUUCUGGCAAGCUGUGGGUUGCAGAGGCUUUCGUCAAGCCCGAGGUCAACGGCUCGCAGGAUUCAGGCCCCACUGCACACCAACAUCAUGUCGCACAGCCACUUUCGCAGAUCAGCCUCGAUGACAGCACAUCUGCAUCCGAACAGCUCCGAGUCUCCCUGACCGGAGCAACCAUGUCUGGCAAGUCCAGUCUGCUCGGAAGUCUGUCCACCGCAACUCUGGACAACGGACGGGGCAAAUCUCGACUCAGCUUACUGAAACACAGACAUGAAAUUGCUUCUGGAAUGACUAGUUCUGUCACCCAGGAGCUCAUCGGAUACGCGGGCUCGCCUGAUGAGUCUGCGGACGUGAAUGUGAUCAACUAUGCUUCAGGCAAUGUCGAUUCAUGGAACGAUGUCCAUGCCGCUUGCCAGUCCGGCCGCCUCGUUUUCCUUUCUGAUUCUGCGGGUCACCCACGUUACAGGCGGACCACUGUCCGCGGCCUGAUGGGCUGGGCGCCGCACUGGACCUUGCUUUGUGUGCCGGCAGAUAACGACGAGGAUACGUCUGGCAGAGUCGGUAGUACUCCAUCUUCUGAGGAAGUUCUAGGCGCUGCUGCGGCUGAUGUCGACCUCUCAGAGGCGCAUCUGGAACUCUGUCUCAAGCUGGAACUGCCGCUGAUUGUCGUGGUCACCAAACUGGAUCUAGCCUCGAAAAGCGGGAUAAAGAAGACUUUAUCUAAACUGCUUACGUUCUUGAAAAAGGCUGGGAGAAAACCCAGUAUCAUACCUGAUUCGUCUACGACGGUGACAGAGGACGAUCUCGCUGUCGUGCCAGCUUCAGAUCUCGAGCUCGUGCGAGCGAAGGCUACGGAUGAGCUCCUGCACGACCCGCUCGUGGUACCGAUAGUCCUGACUAGCGCUCUGAGUGGAAUGGGCAUCCGCAAAUUGCAUGCCCUUCUGCACGAAAUUUCAAUCCCUCCGGCCGCAGCGCCUUCGAAAGUUGGAGUUGCGGUGCAGCCUGGCUCCCCUCCAGGUUCCAAGAGCAACACUCCACUCUCUGCACUUUACCACAUUGAAGAUGUUUGGAGACUCAACUCCAAUGAUGACGCUACGCCCGAGGCCUCUGAAAUCUCCAUCGUCAGCGGCCGACUUGAUCAUGGCACCCUUCAUCUGGGGGACGAACUCCUCCUCGGCCCGUAUCCGGUCGGCAGCAUCGCAGCAGCUGCACUAGCCGCCGAAGACGGUAGCGACAGCAGCGGCUCUCCCGCCGCUCCUUCAAGGCCAAGCGCCUCUAGCGCUCCGACGAGCCGCUCUUUCCCUGGUGCUUUCCACAAGAACUUGACCCUUCCGUACCGUCAAGCAUCAUCACGCGCAUCCAAGCAGCACGAAUGGCGCCGCGUCCGCAUAACGAGCAUACGAAACCUGCGCCUGCCGGUCCGAACUCUAUUCGCAGGGCAAGUUGGCUCGCUCGGCGUCCUUCCCCUCGACGACAACGCGAAGCCAUUGCCCAAUGCCGCCGCCGCCGCCACCUCGGCAGCCCUGUCUUCAUCCACGUCUUCUUCUAGGGGCGUAGCCGCUGCUGCAGCACUACAAGGCCGCAUCCGCAAAGGCAUGGUACUCGUUCGCCCGAGCGACGGCGGUGACAACAACAGCACCAGCGCCACGCCGCCGCAAUCCUGCCGCGCCUUCGUCGCACGCUUUGCGGGAGAGGGCGUGCGCAACCUGAUCGUGGGCAGCCUGGCCGUCACGUAUAUCGCCAGCGUGCGGGCGAGCGCCAAGGUCGUGGCCAUUGCCAUCGACGACGGCGACGGCAAGCGGAAGGCGUGGAAGGACGCCAACGCCAAGAAGAAAAAGAAGGCGGCGGCCAAGGACGACGACGCUUUCGGCUUCGCGUUCGACGAGAGCGAGGAGGGCGAAGAAGAGGAAGAGAGCAGCGGCGAGGUGGAUGACGUUGGAAAGGAGAAGCGCGGAGACGGCGGCGACGACGACGACGGGGAGAGCACGCUCGUGACUUUCCAGUUCGUGGCGACGCGGGAGUUCAUCGAGGUGGGUGCGCAGGUGUUGGUCAUGGAGGGCGGCAGGAGGCAGAGGGAGGUGGCGGAUAGAUCGGAGAGGAGCGUGGUCGGCUUGGAGGGUUUCGUUGGGAAGGUGGUUGAGUGGUUCGGAUGA